CAAAUCCGAGAAACUGUUCAGGCUAAAUAGUGCAGCCUCAACUCGACGCUUUGUUGGCUUUAACCCCAAAUUCUUCGUGACAGAAAUAGCCUCUCCCCGCAAUGUUAAUAUUAUCUGCACGUUGGAGCCGUAUCUAGGGUUGUAUCGACUAUUUCCCAUCUUAACCGUGAAAUUCUAGAUCUCGUGCCGGGUUAUACCAGUAGCCUAUAUAUAACCACGUGGGAAUUUUUCUCGAGCUUAUUUAUCAUGACAUUGAAACAACAGCUUCUCACUGAUAAGCGAAAAUGGAAUUUAGGGGUGUGAUAGGUAUCGUCGUGCUCCUAGCGGCGAGGGGUGCUUCUGCUAGAGACUUCCCAAACUGUCAAUCUGGGGCUCUCGCAUCCAACCAAGUGUGUAAUACUACACUAGACCCAUGGUCCAGAGCGGCAGCGCUUGUGGCAGAAUUUAGUCACGAUGAGAAGAUAUCAAAUUCCUGGGAUAAUUCUCCUGGCGUCUCUCGCUUAGGUGUGCCCCAAUACGAGUGGUGGAAUGAAGCUCUUCACGGCGUGGCCCGAUCUCGGGGCGUACAAUUUGCGAAUUCGGGUAACUUCAGCUAUGCGACUUCGUUUCCGCAACCCAUUACCAUGGGCGCGGCGUUUGAUAUGCCUCUAAUCCACUCCGUCGCCGAGACUACGAGUACAGAAGCUCGCGCAUUUAGCAAUGCUGGACGCUGCGGCCUUAACUUCUGGACUCCUAACAUUAACCCAUUCCGUGAUCCACGUUGGGGUAGAGGUCAGGAGGUGCCUUCGGAAGACCCUUAUCACAUGAGCCAGUAUGUGAUGCAGUUGAUUCCAGGCUUGCAAGGUGGUCUUAAGGCGGAUCCUUACUAUAAGCUAGCUGCGACGUGUAAACAUUAUGCCGGUUACGAUAUGGAGAACUGGAAGGGAAACAAGCGGUAUGCCUUCGAUGCUAAAAUCACCAACCAGGACCUGCAGGAUUACUACCUACAACCUUUCCGCGCAUGUAUCCGUGACGCCAACGCGCAAUCGGCCAUGUGCAGCUACAACGCCGUCAACGGCGUCCCGACCUGCGCCGACCCUUGGCUAUUACAAGACGUGCUACGUGGAUCAUAUGGCUUCACCAGCGAGGACCGUUGGGUCACAGCCGACUGCGACGCGCUGCAGAAUGUAUGGACGGACCAUCGAUAUGGCUCCUCAGCAGCUGGAGCCGCGGCCGCUAGUCUGAACGCUGGCACCGACCUCGACUGUGGUCAGUUCUGGCCCCAGAACUUGCCCUCGGCGUAUAACUCAAAGCUUUUCAACGACACCGUACUCGAUCGCUCGCUUAUCCGACGAUACGCUUCGAUGGUUCGCCUAGGCUGGUUCGACCCGCCAGCUCAGCAGCCGUACCGUCAACUUGGAUGGGAUGCGGUCGCUAAGCCCGAGGCUAAAGCUCUUGCAUUACUUGCUGCGCAGGAAGGACUUGUCCUCUUGAAGAACAAUGGUAGCGCUUUGCCGCUCGCUAAAUCGAUUAAAAAUAUUGCUGUAAUUGGACCACUUGGAACGGCGACGACACAGAUGCAGGGGAACUAUUAUGGUAUUGCACAGAGCAUAUCGACAGUGGUGUCGGCGUUCAAGGCUGCGGGUUACACUGUUACCAAUUCGCAAGGGUGCGCUAUUACAGGGUCAUCGAAUUCGGGAUUCUCAGCAGCGCUAAGCGCAGCUAAGGCUGCGGAUGCUGUGGUAUUUGUUGGUGGUAUUGAUACAAGCGUCGAGGCAGAAGAUCGCGAUAGAGAGCAAAUUACUUGGCCGGGACAGCAGAUCCCCUUGAUUAAGCAGCUGGCGGCGGCGAAAGGUAUAAAGCCGUUUAUCGUAGUGCAUAUGGGUACUAUGCUUGAUAGUACGGACAUUGCUGCUCCAACGGGUGCUGAUGCGCUAUUGUGGGCUGGGUAUCCGGGACAAGAUGGAGGUGCGGCUAUAGUGAGCAUUCUGACUGGAGAGAAAGCGCCAGCGGGUAGAUUGCCGGUGACGCAGUACCCUGGUGAUUAUGUCAAUCAGGUCCAGAUGACGGAUAUGAACUUGCGCUCUGGUACUGGAAAUCCUGGGCGAACUUACAAAUGGUACUCGAAAGAGCCGGUGUUUCCAUUCGGCCAUGGCCUUCACUAUACUGACUUCAAAGUCUCAUUACCGGCGGACCUCCCUACCACAUUCUCGGCUGCGGAUCUUACGGCAAAUGUCUCAUUUACGAAGACUGGCCCUGUUGCUUCAAGCAAUUACCCUGAUUUGGCACCUUUCACGUCACUACCUGUUUCCGUCGCGAACACGGGUAAUGUCACGUCCGACUAUGUCGUUCUAGCAUUUCUUAAAGGCGAGUAUGGUCCUGAGCCAUACCCUCUUAAGAGCCUGGUAGGGUUCACCCGGAUUCACGACAUCAAGCCUGGUGAUACGGCAACGGCAACAAUUGACCUUAAGCUCGGUGCGAUUUCGCGCAGUGAUGCAGAUGGUGCCUUGACGCUUUGGCCGGCGAAGUAUAAGCUAGUAUUAGACAUUGACGACCGUGCUGCGUGGGAUUUUGAGAUCACGGGUGACAAUGUAGUGCUAGAAAAGCUGCCGCCCAAGUCUAAGUAACUGGCCGAGAAAUAAACUGUAUAUGAUGAGGAAAAAAAGUAGCUCUAGUUUGUUGAAUGAAUUGCAUUAUUAGCGGUAUUGUGCACUGGCAUUAUUUCGAUCAAUUCGUUACCCCUGAAUUGGAAUCUACCCCUCGGUGGAGUCAACGCGGCACAGUUGGUACCCGUUUUCCUUCCAACGGUCAUUGCCCACGCAGGGAUUACACCAAAGCACGUCGUCCGGAUCUAUUGUUCGCUUGAUCUGAAGUAGGCGCUCAUAAUUUUCUCCCCAAAAGCUGUGUUGCCAGUCUGGUUCGCCGGGGUUGUUCUGUAUCUAU